GCGGACGCAGCCUCUGGGGCUGAAGACGACGCCGUACGGCAGCAGCAGCCAGUGCGGGAUCUGGCGGCCGUGAGCUGCGCCCCGUGCGAGUCGGCGGACGAGUACUCAUCGCGACGACAUAGACUGGCCAUCCCGCCCAGGACGUCCAGGCGGCAGCCGUCGCCCCCUCGCGCUGAAAGGACUCCCAGGGACAGACUCUCAGAGGCUGAAAAUCCACGGGGGAACCAGCCAGGCAGCUCGAAGCAGCAGAAGAAUAAAGGUGCGAAGACGAAGACUUCUGCCAUGCAGAGAGUUGCAGCUGCUGCUACUGGUAGAAGCGUCACCUCAGCAUCCAGUACCAUACAUCAGGAUCCUCAGAGUUCCUUGUCUGUGGCCGCAGAUACCACACCUGUGACAAACUCAGAAGUGUGGAGCCAACACAACAACAAGCCCACAGAGAUGCUCGGAUGUGAAUAUACAGACAUGCCAGCAUCCAUUUCUAAUGAAGAGGGGUCAUUACAGAGGUUGAGAGGUUCCCCAUACAUGAGAAGGAAACCAGUCGGAGGCACCAGUAAUCAACAAACAAGAAGUUAUGAGUACUUGGUGCCUGGACUUAAUAGGUGGCAUGAAACUGACCGCGAACCACUUUCUCACAUCAACCAAAAGGUGAAUCAUUUCCCAUAUGGGACCUUGCGGAGAGAUGAAAGUGAAACAACAGUCAGUGCCCCUGAUGUGAACAUACCAGUAUCUUCUGGAAGGUACGAGCAGUGGAAUACGAUUGGAUUGACUGGCAAAGGUUCAUCAUAUGGGCCAAGGCCUCCAGUCGUAGUUCAUAAACCAACUACUGGUGGCAGUAGAGAUGGCCUAUCGUAUGUGUGUCACAACGAAUUUUGGAAGAAUGCUUUCCCUGGCGUUGCCAUGAAGCUUGUUGCAAGUGCACCAGAUGUCAGCUUGAAAGAGCCAGUCAGAGCACCAGCAUGGAACACCCUGCAAUCUCUAGCCACAAUUGGCAAUGCUCCAGAGAAGACAGCCAGUUCCCCUGAUGUGCACAGACCUACACCGGUAGCGAACGGAUGGAUCACUUCCUCACCUAGAGGUUAUCCUCCGAGGAUGUUGGGCAGUGCACCAGACAUAAACUUGGCUAGAGUGCACACUACUGGAAAGAUACUGAAUGAGUCUGCAGCUGGUUCAAACCAGAAUGUUGGAUACACGGAACCAGGUACGGCAAUCUGUAGAGGCCAUGAGAAAAACUUGCAGCUAGUGCAGAAGCAAGAGUUUCCACUGGAUGUGCUUCACCAGAAGUGUGGGAACAGCGCGCCCGAUGUACGUAUUCCUACUGCAUCUCCCUGGGUGGAGAGGUCAGCAAAAUAUGACUCGCAUCCAUCACUCUGUACUCACGAUGAUCAGUCGCUGUACAAAAAACCUGAAUGUUCUCUCUGCUUCAGCUAUCGUGCACCUGUUGGUGAAUUUAAACGCCAUAUUGCGAAUCAUCACGCAGUUCACCAUCACCAUACGCUACCACGACAGCAACAAGUGGAUGAAGCCACCCACUGUCUCUGUAACAAUUUGUCUUGGCGAUCUCUCGCCACGAGGUGCCACUAUUAUCAGCACAACGACGUCGUCACUACAAAUUUUGGAACCAAUACUCAUGGGCAUCACAGUACGACACAUUAUUCCCAUGUCACCACUGUCCAUGGCGGUACACCUUCCAGAAUGGGUGACAACUACUGUUACCAUGGUAACUGUGGUACGUGCCGCCCGCAUUGUAAUCACGAGCAUGAUCCUCAUCGUAGCCACUAUCAACACCACCGUGACCGCUGCCAUCACGAACACAAGCAGAAAUGUCUGCCGCACCACCACAGCCACGUCGACGUCCGUUACGCACGCGGCUGCCCGAACCUCCACACGCAUUUGCCGCAGGAACAUCAGCGCAGUAUUACGCAGUCGUCCCAACAAGUCUGCUUCUGCUACGAACGGGGAGCUCACAGUCACUUACAGCGAAGCCGGCAGAUGUGUUGCACUUCGCCAGACUUUCAAGAAACGUCACAUGCAAAUUGCCACUGUUGCCGCCAUGAUGCGAGAAACCGUUACGUUUCGCGGGACGGCGGCUUGUCGAACGAGGUGCGGUCUGCGAUGGUAGACGAUUGCCACAAUUCUGGAAUGCGUGCAGUAUCAGCAAUGCCGUUUGACAGCGGUGAGAGCUGUGAAGUGAUGGGAUCGCCGGUGCCACACAUUAGCGAGCGGGGGAAAUGCGAGCAACAGGACGCGGCGGCGUGCUUGGGGAUGCCGCCGCCAGGGGCGCUGCGGUCGGCUGACGCGCGCGCAGCAACGCUGCCUGCCGGCCGCGCAGAGAAGCUCGAGGCCACGCCCCCCGCCAGCACGCGGACCCUCUCCAGGGGCCGGCGCAGCGGCGCUGGGACGACGGUCUUCCAGUUCCAGCAGCAACAGGGGGCUGCGCACCCCGGCGCCGCCCGGGCCAUGCUCACCGGCUCCAGGGACGGCUGGAGCGCGCUCGCGCCCGGAGAAGCCUCGGACGAGGGGUGUUGCUCGCUGUCGCCGCGCGUCGCGACGCCGGGGGCCGCAGACGCCGAAGAGCCGCCCCCCGCCCAGUCCGCCCCCGGGGGCGGAUGGCCGUGGCCGCAGGCGCAGCCGGGGCCGGUCCCCGGUUCGGUGCCCGAGCGCGCCGCACGUUGCCUCAGCUGCGCAGACUCGGCGCUGGGUCUGGACGAGGAGACCACCGCUAUUGACCUUUCGGCACCAGUGGAAGCACGCGCUCAUCCACCACUUGCCCUCCAGCAGAUCCCAAACCAGACAGCUGCCAGACACCACCAGCAGACGGCACUGCACGACCUGGAAUUCGACCAGAAGGAAGCGAGGCAUCACUGGAAUGAGGACGCCGAAGUUCCCAUUUCACCUCCCCCUGACGACGGGCGUUACGACAGUGGACUUGGCCCCGAAGAUGUCUCACCAGCUUGUUACAACCGUCAGCACUCUCUGUCAUCGUGGCCUGCUACCGUAGACAGUUUCAAGAAACCGACUGUCGCUAGAUUGGACAGCGGUGUCAGCAUCGAAGAGGGGCAAGAACGCGACGUCUUGAAAGUGACGCGAGGUGUCGGGUUGCUGAGGCUCAGAGGGCUGACAGAGGUUAGUGAUGGCAGUGGCCUACAGACGAAAGACUGGUUUGGUGAAGAGAAAACUCUCGUAUUAUCUGAAGAUGAUAAAACGGCUCAAGAUGAACGUGUGACGAUUCGUGCCAAUAUUCACGAGCACGUCACUGGUGAUGAAAGACGACAGUGGUAUUCUCUUUCGAGAGUCAGCGAGCAGAAUGAGACAGAAAUAUUGGGCAGUACUAGGAGGGCAUCUGAGGCGCCAGAAAUUGUAGACAGAGACGAGAUUUUCCGUUCUGUCGGGUCGCACGGCAACGGAUCGGACCGUGGCAAGAACUUGGAAGUCUGCAGCAAGUGGUGCGAGACUGGCAAGGUCACUUCGGCGAGCACUGAGGACUUGUGUGCAGAGAUCAGGAGGAACCACGCCUCGGAGUGGGAGGUCGCCAGAGACGAGAAGGCAGACCUACCGAGCGACCGAGACUGGCCCGAAUCGAGGAAGGCCUCUUCGGUAACCGGCGAAGACGACCGGGAGUGUUCCUGGCAGGGUCGCCAAGGAGAUAUUGUUCCCGCCACCUCCUGGACUGACGACUUCGGCACCGACACUAGGUCGGAAAGAUGGAGUUCCUGGAAUACUGGGGAGAUGGACGAAGAGAUGGAGAGACAACCUCCAGAGAUUGGGACUCUCGGGGGUCUGUUCCUGCCCGGGCGCCCAGGUAUGAAGUUCGACCCGGAGCGAGACACCGUGUUGCACCACGGGGACCACGAGGACCUCGCGGGAGAGUCCGAAGACUGCGUCGUGGAACUGAGGCGGCAGUCGACGCAGAGCUUCGACGACGGGGAGGAGGGCCCACCGGGGCAGGCGCGCUACUGGAGGACGCCCUCGGUGGUGGUGAGCGACUACUCGGACGACGUGCCGUACUGUGGGCCGCCGGGGGAGGGCGGGGGCGACGCGGGGGCGGACGACGGCGACCAGCUGAGCGAGUGCGGCAGCUCGUGCAGCGGGCUGUCCGCCGCCGACACGGAUGUCGACGGGGGCCUGCUGACGCCCGAGAGGAAGGCCUCCGACUGCUCGACGUGCUCCACGCUCAGCGGCGACGACGACGCCAGCGUGGAGGCGCUGCUGCAGCCGGUGCGGACACGACCAAAGGUAAGGCGGCAGCCACUGUGCACAUUCGGUACGGCGAACCACCUGCGAAGCUGGCGCGUCUGUGUGGACAAAGACGGCGGCGGCUCCACUGUAGUUGCUGAUCCUCCUUAG